AUGCGAUCCCAAGUAUCUCGCAAUUUCAACCCACUUCUCAGCCACCGGGUCAUUCCUCUUCGCUUCACACCGAGCUCUUGCUCCUCCCGGUUUCUAUCUAGUUCUUCGCGCAAGCCUCCUCACUCGAAGCCAAGCACUAAGGCUCUUAGAGCUGCACCGACUAUUCCAUUUUUUAGUGCCUUCUUCAGCUCUAAUCGCAAGCCCGAAGAGCCAACUGAAGCCAUGUCGCACCCUGACCAGCGAAGCGAAGACCAGUGGAGAGCUGUUCUAAACCCAGAGCAAUUCCGCAUCCUCCGUGAAAAGGGUACUGAGCGCGCGGGAACUGGUGAAUACGAUUCCCACUACCCAUCGAAAGGCGUUUACAAUUGCGCUGGUUGUGAUGCGCCUCUUUAUACCGCUGACCACAAGUUCAAAUCUGGCUGUGGCUGGCCAGCAUACUUUGAUUCCAUCCCUGGUGCUGUGACCAGACAUGUUGAUAACACAUUCGGCAUGAAGCGGACGGAAAUUGUCUGCACUAACUGUGGGGGUCAUCUCGGCCAUGUGUUCGAGGGUGAGGGAUAUCCAACUCCUACAGAUGAACGUCAUUGUGUGAACAGUGUCAGUCUACGUUUCACAGAAGACGCCAGUGCUUCCAAGGAUCCAAAGGCAAAAGCUUAA